CUACGUUUCUAAAUAUUUUAUAAAUGUCCUCCGUAGAACUUUCAAAAAUAAGAGGUAUUUGUGUCCUUCUGUGCGAUUGUAUCAGCUAUUGCGUGUGUUCUCCCCAUUGUCCUUAUAUUCCUGUGUCAGCAUUUUAAAAACCAACUGGGGUAAAGGAAACUGACUAGGGUAGAAUGAUCCCCUUAUGAAUUGGGAGUCUUGCUAAAGGACACUGGACAAGUGAGGAUUUCCUAUUUUCUGUAUCAGUUACUGGGAUGUUUCUCCACCUUACACACACAUUAGGUUGAACUGUAUGUCAAUCUCCAUCAACAAAAACAAGUGUUCAGAUACAGUGUUUGAAUAGUCUUCUCAACAACCAUUGAGUGAAAGAAAUUUUGGUUAUCCUUGGGCUCCCAUUUUUGGUUUAGCCUGGUGACAGGUACCAUGUCGUAAUGCUCAUUUGUCAGCUUUGCAGUGAAUGUCCAUGUCUGGGCAAUACUACACCAAAGUGCAUAUUUACACAGUUCUUAAUAUCAUUUGGCAUGUAGGAGUCCAGCAUUGAAGCAAGCAUCUCAGACAGUAGUACUUGAUGUUGUAAGCUUAAAGGACACCAGAAACCUUUUUCAAAGAAAAACCCACAAUUUCACUAGAAGAAUGAGGAUUUAGCCCAUCUAUCUAUGUUUCCCUAUACCUUUUGCUAAUAACAGUUCCCAAUUUAUGAGAGAGAAAGCAUGUUGAGGCUUGGGAUCUGGUGGCAUGGAUUACUCUGUUAAUAAAAAAAAGAUAGGAAGGAUAUGGGGGAAGGAGAUAAAAGACCUCUUACUAGGUUGUGAGUAAAACCUGUGAAAGGAGGGAGACAAAGUCUUGAAUAGUUUCCUUUACCGAUGGUCAUUUCUUUAUAUUCAAAGAGGGAAUUCAUCAUCUGCAUAGCCUCGUACUCCUCCCCCCCCCACCCCAGUCCCACUCUAGAAGGGACACUGUUUUGGAAAUCUCACCUAAUAAGAAGGUCACUCCACAUGACAGUUGAUGGAUGGGAGGGAAUCCCUUACCCCUUUCUCCUUUUCUUCUAGCUGAGGCUAUUGUUAUACAUAUAUAAUCCACAGGUAGAAACCACUCUUAAGGGCUUCAGUCAGCAAGUAAGUAGUGAAAUAGUUACUACAAAUCCUUACAAGCAAAAGAUACUGUACUAGUAAAAAGGAUGAUUAUUUAGAAAUGUCUUCAUUAUCUUCUCAAAAACAAGGUUUACAGUAAAGCAAGUUUCCUUGAUAGAGGAUGGCAAAAGACCUAUACAUACAGAGAACAAAUUGAGGGUUGCCAGAGGGCACGGCGGGUGAGGGGGUGCAAAAUGGGUGAGGGGGAGAUACAGGCCUCCAGUUAUAGAAUGAGUAAAUCAUGAGAAUAGAAGGCACAGCAUAAAGAAUACCAUCAGGGAUACUAUAAUAACGAUGUAACAGGACACAUGGUAGCUACAGUUGUGGUAAACAUAGCAUAAUGUAUCAACUUGACAAAUCACUGAGUUGUACACCUGAGAUGUAACGUGUAUCGACUAUACUUAAAAAAAAAAAAAAAAAAAAAAGAUGGGGGGCGGGGGGGAGGAUGUAUUUUACAGGUACCCUGGGAGCUGUUGAGGGAUCAGCCAGAGGGGUAAGAAGUCAUGAUUCAGGAAAAUCAGAGUGAGUUGAAAAUAAAGCAACAAGGAAGUUAGGUUUGAAAAUUCAAAUUUUGUUGAAUUCUAAAGAUAAAGGUAUUUCUUAUGUUCUGUAGAAAGCUGGGGUGUGUGUUUCAGCAAUGGAGAAAGUUGUGUGGUAAACGUGUCUCUGUGUAAUACACACAGCUUCUGAAAGUGAGACUGUCAGUCUAUACUUUAUAUGUAUUUACACCUGUGACUCAAGAUGGUUUAGAAGGCAUGUGCCUUGGGGAAGUAUAUAUAUAUGGAUAUAUAUAUUGUGGUAACAGGACUUGUUCUUCACUUUAGACUUCAUUGGAGGGUUUUAACAUAUUUUCGAAUGUUUUCAUCUAAACAGUAGCUCCCAAGAUGGCUGGCUGCCUAUUCUGGGUUUGCCUUAAGGCCAUCAUUUCAAACAAACAUUUUCACUGCUGUCAGAGCUCUGCAGUAUUCCCAUUUUCAAAGCCUCUUCUAUUAUAGUAAAUCAUACCCCUGCGGGUUCUAAAGAUACUAAAAAUACUUUUCUCUUGUUCUCUUUUACUUUAAGGUCCUUAGGGACCUUAUUUUCUUCAACUUCUUUUAUCUGGGGAAAAAAAACAACACUUCUUACAUCAGUUCCCUAGGCAUGUUGGAGGACUCUUUUAUAUACUUUACUGAAAUAUCAUUUUUAAAAUGACACUUCCCAAGGACCAGUUUUUCCAUUUGUGUUUACGUCUGCAUCAUAUGAAAUUUCAAAUCGAUCAGGUGACCUUUUUUUUAAAUAAAAAUUUAAAAACUCAUCUAACACAAGUUUAGAACAUACAUCCUUUUUAAAUCUCUGUGUUCUGAAUAUUUAAGAGCAACCCCCCCCCCCAUAAGCCAAGGGGUGUGUGUGUUUAAUGGAAUACUAAAACAAACGCCGCCUCAGUUUCUUUUAAAACCUCAAGGCAAACACGUGGUUAUGGGUCUGACAUUGCUGGUCUGCUGGCCUUUUGUGACUAGAUAUUGCCCAGCAGAGUGAAAAUUGCUUGUCACUCUCUGAUGGGCUUGAUCUGGCUUCUUGCCUAGAGAUAGAAAAUCAGGCCUUCCAGGAACAUUGGUAAAUUUUAUCUACAUUUAUAUUGCCUUUUCUGUUUCUACACAAUAGUUGCGGUUCAAUGAAACAAGUUCCUGUCAAUAACAAAGAGUUGAUUUCUUAUCCUAAUAACUUAGGUAUGACUUCCUGAUACUGUUCAAAAUAGGAAAAGAAAAAUCCUUUUAUUUGUUUUGUCAACAGAAUAUUAUUAUUUAAUAUUAUUAAGGAGCAAGGGUGGGAGUUUUUAAAAUUAGGUAACUUUGGGACCCUUUCAGCCUUGUCAUUGUCUCACAGAUCCUCUUCUAAGUAAUUUUAAAACAAAGUUUGAAGCAACUGCCCUUUGUAAGAACAUUACAAACCAUGCUUACAUGGCACACAGCUGGGCUUACUGCUCAUGGUCGUUACUCGUGGGUCUUCUCCAGCCUCUCUGAAGGAGCAAGGCUAAAAUCACUUCCCUCCACCCUCCUUUGUUUUAUGUACAUAUUGUAGCUGAUCUCCAGAAUUUUUGACCAUACUUUAUCUAUAAAUAUAAAAUUGAAGUUCUUGAGAAUUAACCGUUUAAGUUAAAAUAAUUAGGAAGAGCUUGCCCCAGGUUGACUAAUUUAUAGUUUUUCUUUGUAUUACCAGUUUUUUUCCUCCAGUUUUUCUAUUGAAAAGUAUUCCUGAACCCAUAAAGACUUGUUAAGAUAUCAUUCUAGAAUCCCCACUAUUUAUUAUAGUUGUUAUAGUAACAGUGGAACCCAAGUUUUUUUUCAGAGCAUUAUUCAGUUUUUCAUAUGUAGGCAGAAAUGAUUUCAGGGGAAAGGUGAACCCAAAGCCCCAGUUGUGGGCAUGAGGCUCCAAUUUCCUAAAUCAUUUGUGGUUAUAAUGAUGGAUAGAUACCACCUUGUCUGGCACCUGGUCCACAGCUUUCCUGAAGUCUGCUAUAAGAGGGAGUAAAGGGCAGCCUGGGGGCCCCCAACAAGAGCUGGAGGCCUUGGAGCUGGAGGAGGGUCUGGAUGACCUGGAGGGUAGUUCCAAAGCAGUGUUGCCACAGCCCCUCUUCGGCACUGCUGUGAUCAAAUGCUCAUAGGAAAGCCUGAAGAGAGAGCAGAUGUGUAUGUAGGGGAAGAAAGCUGUGUAGUCGAAAAACAGGGUUGUUAUUCUUGAGUUGUACAGAGAAUUGCGUUAACAGUAAAGCUUUGUGCCAUUGACAGGGUGUGAAAGAGGUAACCUGUGUUACUCUGAGACUUGUGACCUGCCCUGCCUAUGUCUAGCCAGCCAGAGUGAAUGGGGCCAGGGUUAGCUGCCUUCAUCUAUGCAGUCACAAAGGUAAAGGUUACACUGGAGAGGAUAUUCCCUCCUGGGAGGCCUUGGCCUCAUGCCCCAGCAACCUUGGCCAGACUGGCUAAAUAACACCUUUGUCUGAGACAGGGUUAUGCAUGUUCUCCUCUUCUACACCCUCAUGACAAGUCAAGGUGGCUUAAGAUCAAGAAGCAAGGACAUGGAUGUGGACUGUCCCUCUGAGCAGCUCUAAAGUAGGGCCAUGCACAUUGCCUUCCUGUCAGAGCCCUAGAGAAUAAGAGACGCUCGCUGCUGGUGAGAGAGGGUAUGGCCAGGAUUCCUGGAAUUGGAAGAUCUUCAGCUUCACCAUCUUUGGAGAACAAGGAAGAACAUGAAUGAGAUGUGGCCCUUCUUAGUCGCAAGGAUUCUGACAGAGGGCACACAGAGGAGCAGCUGGCACACCAGGAGCCCUCCAACCUUGAUCCAAGCAUGCAGGCUCCACCCUGCAGCCUCCCCGCUGGGCUCAGCCUGGACGACUUCAUCCCUGGCAAUCUCCGGGCUCACAUAGGGUCAUCCUCUCAGGGGGUAUGGGUGCCUGUGAUCCGGAAUGGUGGCUCCAACACCCUUAAUUUCCAGUUUCAUGACCCUGCUCCCAGGACCGUGUGCAAUGGGUACUCACCUUCCAGGAGAGAUGCUUCCCGGCACCCAGACCCUGCCUGGUAUCAGACCUGGCCAGGUCCUGGGAGCCAGCCCCCUGGGAGCCAGAAGACCCCUGCCUCCCAGCACCCCCACAACUGGUCAGCCACAUGGACCAAGGACAACAAGCGUCGGGACAAGCGCUGGAUCAAGUAUGAAGGAAUCGGGCCUGUGGAUGAGAGCGGCAUGCCUAUUGCCCCCCGAUCUAGUGUUGACAGCCCCAGGGACUGGUACCGAAGAAUGUUCCAGCAGAUUCACCGGAAAAUGCCAGACCUGCAGCUGGACUGGACCUUUGAGGAAUCACCCAAAGUGGCUUCCUCCUGUGCGGCCUCUGCAGACUCAAGGCAUCCAGCGCCCCAGCAAAGACCGGCUGCCAGGCCAGGCCAGGCCUCUUCUCUGAGUGGAAGAAGUUGGGACCCCUUUGAAGAGUCUUCUAGAAGCACCUUCAACUGUAAUCCUGGAGCAUCCUCCCUACACCAGACCCCACAUCAGGUGCUCAGACGCCAAGAGAAAGUGGAAAAUGUCUGGACGGAAGAUUCUUGGAACCAAUUUCUGCAAGAACUAGAGAGUGGGCAGAAGCCCAAGAAACCGCUAGUGGAUGACCCUGUUGAGAAGCCCUCCCAGCCCAUUGAGGUCCUGCUGGAGAGAGAGCUGGCCAAGCUGAGCGCGGAGCUGGACAAGGACCUUCGGUCAAUUGAGACCCGGCAGCCAUCCCCCAAGAGUUCCCAAGUGCCCCGACGGUGCCGGGAGCCGCGGCCUCCAGCGCGCCCGGCCUCCGCCUGGAGCUCCAGUUACCCGAAUGCACUUUACCAGGGUUCCUCCCGGCCCCUGAGCCACCACAGAAUGGCGGAUGGAACAAGCCCCUUCCUAGGUCGCAGGGACUUUGUCUACCCUACCUCGGCCCGGGACCCUAGUGCCUCUGAACGAGGGGGCAGCCCAGCCAGGAAGGAAGAGAAGAAGAGGAAGGCCGCCAGACUCAAGUUUGACUUCCAGGCACAGUCCCCCAAGGAGCUGACUCUGAAGAAGGGUGACAUUGUCUACAUCCACAAGGAGGUGGACAAGAACUGGCUGGAAGGGGAGCACCAUGGUAGACUGGGCAUCUUCCCUGCCAAUUAUGUGGACGUGCUGCCUGCAGAUGAGAUCCCUAAGCCCAUCAAGCCUCCAACCUACCAGGUGCUGGAGUAUGGAGAAGCAGUGGCCCAGUACACUUUCAAGGGGGAUCUGGAGGUGGAGCUGUCCUUCCGCAAGGGGGAGCGCAUCUGCCUGAUCCGCAAGGUUAAUGAGAACUGGUACGAGGGGCGCAUCUCCGGCACAGCGCGCCAGGGCAUCUUCCCUGCCAGCUACGUGCAGGUGUGCCGUGAUCCCCGGGUCCGGAUCUGUGACGAUGGCCCCCAGCUCCCUGCAUCUCCCCGUCUGACCACUGCCCGUCUGGCCCGGCACUCCAGCUCCCCAUUAGCACCACACAGCCCAGUCGAUCCUGACUGGGGGAGCCAGACCUCCCCCCGCCGUACUGGCUUCUCCUUCCCCACCCAGGAGCCCAGAGCCCAGGGCCAGGGUUUAGGCACCCCUGGGUCAGCUCUGUCCCAUCCUGGAGGCUCCAGCCAUCCCGUGGACCUGGGGACCUCCCCCAACACCACUCAGAUACACUGGACCCCGUAUCGGGCGAUGUACCAGUACCGGCCCCAGAAUGAGGAUGAGCUGGAGCUGCGGGAGGGGGAUCGGGUGGACGUCAUGCAGCAGUGUGAUGAUGGCUGGUUUGUGGGUGUCUCCCGGAGGACCCAGAAAUUUGGGACAUUCCCUGGAAAUUAUGUAGCUCCGGUUUGAGUGGUGGUCUCCGUGGCAACUCAGAGCCAAGCCAGGAUGGGGUGGGGAGCGGUAGCACUUACAGGAGGGAGAAAAGAUCCCCCCUCCCUCCCUUCCCCAAGACCUGAGCUGCUGGCAUCUGCAGACAACUCCAGCAGCCAUUCUUUGGAGCCCCCUCGAAGCCCCCUGGACUGCUUCCCACCCACAACUCACAAACAUUCCUCCAACAGCCUUUUUAUUUCCUCCCCUACCACACUCCCCAAAUAUAGAGGUCUGCUUUGAAGUGGAGACUGUUUCCAGGCCUUAUUGAGACCAGACCCUGGAGCCCCCCACCCCGCCCUGCUAUGGCAUUUCCUCUAACAGGGACCAGCUCCCAGCUUCACCCCCAUGGGGUUCUUCUAACAAGGACCAGCUUCCUAACCUAACAGAGACCAAAGGCCGCCUCUGCCUGGAGGAGAUUCCUCCUCUUUCAGUCCAGCUUACCUGCUGCCCCCUUUGCCUUCCUGCCUCCAGCUGGGAUUGGGAGUGAGGUGGGAGAGGGACACAGCACCUCCUUAGUGCCCAAGGCCUGGUAAGAGGUCUUGCCUGAAGGCACCCUCUUCCCAAAGGCUGCCAAGCCCUGGGCUUGGGCUGUGUGGGCCAUCCUGCUGCUGUAGUGCCCAGGAAGGGCUGGGCCUCAGAGGACUGGCCUAUUCCAGGUGUUUUCCCAGAAGACUGAUGUGUGCUGCCCUCCAGCCUCCCCAGCUCCUCCAACCCCCAAGUCCCCUCUGAAAGAGAAUGUCAAAUAAAUCUGGAUACCAGGGA